UGUAAUGCUGUCUGGCACAGUAAGAUAAGACUUCUUGGGCAAGCCAAAUUAUAAAGGAAUCAAGCAAGUAGGACGAGUCCAUUAUCUUGGCCUUUGGGUUAAAUCUCACACACUAGCCAAUAGGCCUGGUACCUGUUUAAAACAGAAACACUCAUUAGAAUGAGGAAACCGUGAACAGUAUGAACAGGAGUUAUGAUGAUCAUGAACAGUUUUGAAUUUGAGUCAUAAUAUUCCAAAACACCACAAAAUUUUGUCUUAUGGCUGUCAGUCACAGGUAAACUUCACUGUGAUAAAUAGCAGUAUUGUAUAAUUCACAAACUGUGUGAAACAAAGCCUUACUGUAUUGUGUGGUCACAUUCAUCACCAGUCACGAGUGUUGAGAGUAAUAUAGGAAAUGACAAGAUAACUGGUGUCGCUAGCCGUUCACAAGACGCGAACCAGCAUAUGCAAGCAUACUGUCAUCAAACUUCACCAAUUGUGCAACUUAAGCUGGAAGCAUUGCAGAAAUAUUCUGUGAAUAUCUCAAAAACUGUUUAAAUAAUGUCUGGAAGACAUAUUCAGGAGGUUCAGGAGGCAUUGAGAAUAUCUGACACUGAAGGAAAUCGAGGUGCAUCAGUGGUACCAAAGAAUUUGAUAACAAUUAUGAAAAAUAUAGGUACUAAAAGAAAAGGAAAUGAUGAUGAUAAAGUAAACAAAAAUAGCACAAGUUUGUUACCUGCAACCAAGAGAUUUUGUUCAUCAGAAAAUGUUUUAGGAUCAAGUCUUGGGAAGACUUUCGAUAAAAUAAUUAGAAAUAAUUUUAUCCAAGAAGACAUCUCAGUAGGACUAUCGUUGCAGUCCCAGUCUGUUGAUUUAUCAAAUAAUAAUCAGAUGAAUUUUAAUUAUUUUAAUUGUCUUCCAGCAAAGAUAAGUGAUACUGAGGUUGUCAGUAUGAGAAAUGAAACUGCAAGGAAUGAAUGUUUACCCAACUUGGGCAUAACUGAUCAAACCUUCGACAAUAACUUACCUGUAAUUAAGGAUGUUUGGUCAGAAACUUCAGUCUCUGGUGCUGUGAAUGGAACUCAAGAUUGUAACUUAGUUAAUUCACAGAGUGGAAUAAUAGGACUUCCAAUAAUAACUGAAGUUACUUCUCUAGCUUCUUCAUCAAACCAAAAAGAAAAUAUAUAUGGUAACCAGACAGGAAAUGCUGAAGUAUCUAUUAAUCAAACUGAAAAGUGUCAGAAUAUUAAAGAUGACUCUCCAGCAACUGUGAAUAUUAUGCAUGGAGAUGGUAUGGAAUUACAAAUAUUAAAAGUUUGCGAGAGUAUGGAUACCAGCUGUGGAAAUCAGUUAUGUAUUCCUGAUAAGAGUCAAUAUGGUCAGAAUUCCCAAAAUAAUUCACCUGACAUUCUUUCAGAAAAUAUGACCACUCUACCUCUUUCUAAUGAAAGAGGCAGCUUUCAAAUAAAGUCUAAUAAAACUGCAGAUAAAAUCAGUGAUGUAAUAUUUAAUCAUACAUUACAAAACGUAAGUUCUGUAAACCAAAAAAUAAGUUCUAAUUCAGAAUUGGAAAUUGUCCCGUCACGUUCUUCAGCUUGUUCAAUUUCAACUUCAGCAUCACAAAAUAAUCCUGUUUCAAGCUUUCCUCAAGUUUCAAGCUGUAUUAAUGCUUGGCUCAAGGUGUUCCCAUGGAUGCUGUUCAGAGAAACAGAUCAUAGUUUUCUGUGCAAAAUAUGUGAAUGGGGUGCUGCACAUUCUUGUUCUCAUAUAGUGUUUGCUCUGAAAGCUCCCUCUGAUGUACACUUUGUUGCUGGACAUUUGCGCUUCCAUCAAGAAGCUCCUUUUCACAAAAUGGUUGAAUCCAGAAGAACCAUUGUAGUUACUUUAUUUAAAAUUCUAUAUCCUAUAUUAAAGGAGAGCUUUUAUAAUGGACUUGAUGAUCUUGUAAGCUCUGUAAUUAAACAUAAUGGAGGAACCUUUCCAGGCCCUCAAACAUCACUCCACAUGAAAUAUUUUACAUCAUUCAUGAUUAAGCGAAUCGCUGAGAAUGUAGAAAUUAGUCUUUUAGAAUCUCUGGCUAAGAGCCCAUUCUUUAGUGUAACUGCUGCUGAGGAUAAGAACUUUGCUAUUCUACGUUGGCUGAAUUUAAAGGGAGAGCCAGAAGAACACUUCUUCUGUUCUGAAAUUUAUUGUCCAGGUAAAACAAUGGCAUUUACAGAUUAUCUACAGAGUAGGAAAGUUGACCUAACAAAGAUGAUUUCAUUUAGUAACUUUCCUGGCAAAAUAGUGACUCCGUCCAAUGUUAAAAAAUCAGAAUUGCCAAUUCGUUAUCCACCAUUCAGUCUGUUUAUGAAGUGGCUUGAAAAGGUUGAUUUGUUGAAGGAAGUCUUUCCUCAUCUUGAAACUCUAACCAGACUUUGCAAGUCUUCAACUUAUAUGCUAAAUAAAUUUCCAGAAGUGACUGAAUUUAUCAAAGUUGAGAAUCCAUUUAGCCAUGGCUGUCUAGUGAAUGAGAGAAUCAUUGAAUUUUAUUUUUGUUAUCAUAAUGAACUGAAAAAAACAUGCACUGAUCUUUUUAAUCAAACUGGAAAUCUGGAUGCUCUUAGUUUUAGUAAAUUCGAAGGGAAAAAUAUGUAUUCAGUGCGCGAGUGUGUGUCACUACUACCAAAAAUACAUGAACUGCUCACCAAAGAAGAUUGUUCAUACAUGGAACUAUACACAUCAAGUAAGAAACUCAGAUCUACUGUAUGUGCCAAACUGAGAUCGGUUGAAAAACUUGACUCUGAUGAGUAUAUCGUUUUGUCAUUAUUUGACAUGUAUCUUUCUCAUGUAAUAACGUCUUUACACACUCCAGAACAAGAACUUGUAGAAGUCAUCACCAGGAAGCUUAGGCAAUUGACAGUUAAUGAUGUGGGGAAGAUCCUAACAUAUUUAAAGUGCAAUUACGAAGGAGCAAGUACACAGUGUUUGCACAGCCUUCAAAGAAUGUGCAAGCAACUCUCUAAAAACAAAAACUGCUGUAUAUAUGAGCUAUUAGAAUGUUUUGCUAAAGAGCCAGAAUUAUGUAAAGACUUCCCAGGCUUGUUUCACAUAUACCAAAAGGUUAAAGUGUUGCCCUUUCUCCAUGCUGACACUGAUCAAUAUAUGUUUAACCUUGCAGUCUUGGAGGUGUUGUCCAGUAACAAUGAUGAUAAUGCGUGUACUGUUCAUCACCCCUUUCUAAUCUUACUGGAAGGUUCUCCAGUGGAAGAUAUAAAUUUAGAUUUUGUUUUGGAAGUUUGGUCAAAUAAAUGGAAAAUGUAUUAUGAUAAAGCAAGGCUUCAUUUAUAAUUAGCUUCAUUACUGGGAUAUCGUAAAUAUAGAAUAAAAUUGAAACACGUGUAUGCAUUUACUUUGGCAUAUUUUAGUUUCUUAGUUUCAAAGAUUUAUAAAUUGUAAAGAUUUUAUAGGAUAAAGAUGCUAACGGAUACUCUGUUAGUGAAAAAGUUGGACCAAUACCAUUGAUGUUAGACUUAACAUUGUUAAAAUAAUGUGUGUCUGGUAGAAUAUAGCAUUAAUAGAGAUGUACUGUACAAAUAUAUUCAAAUAUAAUUGAAGAAAGUGAAGUUUAGUCUUCUUACAAACACAAACAAUACUUUUACUAUCAUAAAAGUAUAAUUCCAACAGGUUCAACUGUGUUAUAUAGAUCAGUAUUGUUCCUGUGUUGUGCCUUCUGCAAGCACAUAACAAAAUGGUUAUCCAUAAAAAUUCUUUGUAUUUACAGUUCAUGUACAUUUCCAGUGUAUUUUAUAGUCUCAUACUGUAAACUGUAGGACUGUACAGUAUUUGUUACUGUACUGUAUUUUGAUAUUCUCUUUUUUUUUUUUUACUUUAUAGUUCCCUGGUGGCUCUUUUGAGAAAUAAUUGUUUUGAAUUUGUGUGAAAUUAUUUGUAAUUGGUCAAUAUAUCUGCAUUACUCCUACCCUCUUGCUUAGAAUUAGAUCUAAGGCUACACACAGAAAUCACAAUUGCAUGAUGCAUCAAAUGAACAAAUCCACAAGGGCCGUGACGAGGAUUCAAACCUACAUCCGAGAGCAUCCCAGAUACUCCCUUAAUCGACUGGCAGUUGGUUGGCAUAGCUCAAGUGCAUGGAGGAAUUGUGUAAAAUCCUGGUUUGUGUCUCGGAGAGGCUGUAGGAUCCAAGUAAAUUAAGUAGAAUUUCUGGUUGCAAUUCUUAUACCAUGUCGUAGCUCAGCAUCUGGGAUGCUCUCGGACGUAGGUUUGAAUCCUCGUCACGGCCCUUGUGGAUUUGUUCAGGUCUAAGGCUCCUUAAUCGGCUUUUUCUUAUAUAGGAUUUAUGUAGCCCAUUUUUGGCAGCUCUUCAAACUCUUAUGAUUAACCCCUGCACUGCACACCUGAUUUCAUCAAAAUCUUCUUGGGGCAAUUGUCAAGGACAUAUUCUUGUUGUUUUUAUAAAUAUUCAGGUAAAUUUAAUGUCAAUGUUUUCAAACUCAACUAUUUUCAUUUAUAAACACAAAGAGUAAUGAAAACAUUAAAAAAAACAUUAAAAUAUAGCCUAAUUAAAAAAAAUAGCACUACUCUCAGAGUGCCUAAAGGCGCUUUGCACAGUGCAGGGGUUAAACUAUUUGAUGUACAGCACAAUAUUGAAUUGAAGCUCUGGAGUCUGGCCAUAUGGUGCCAAGCAUGGAAACAAAUGCUAUAAUUUGUAUAAGGAAUUUGUUAGUAUCACAAUAACAUUGAAGCCCAAGCCAGAUAACAUUCAAUUUGCUCCAAAUUUGACUUAGGGCAUAUUAUGUUAAUCUAAUUACUUAGUUGAGGCAGCCAGUUUUAAUUAAAACCCUCAUGGUUUUAAUUAUUUAUCUGUUGUAGGUAGCUAGUACACUAGGUACUUGUAUUUUUGUAAUUAGUUUAUUUUGUUCUAAGGGUACUGCAUUGUUUUAUCAAUACAUUACAUUGUUGUAUUGAGUAUAUUCUGUUGAGUAUUGCAAGAAUACUUUUAUCAUAUUCUCUUGACAUUUAUACCAUAAAAUACAAAUCUUAAAAACCUGUUAUUAAAAGUAAACACUUUACUGUAGCGCUAUAACAAAUAAGAUUUCUUUCAGUCUGAGAAUUGAAGUUCAAUGGCAACUAUUUUGAUUACUUUCACUGCUGGUUUUUAAUAUUUGUAAAGUCUGAAACAGUCAUUUUAUAUUUUGUAUUGUGUAUGAUAUAUUGUUACAGUAAAACAUACCAAGUUUUUUACAGCAAUUUAUUAAGGUAAUGAAAACAGAUUUGAAUGCCUUUCAAUCCAAUGCAAUUUUUUCUUGGAUGACUGUAGACUCUUUAAGAGAAGGAAAAUGAUUCUUCCUGUAACACAAGAAAGAUUACGAUUACUUGAACUUUA